AUGUCUACUGGAAUUCCCACACUGAUUCAGGAGGUGUAUCGCGGGAGCUCACUGACGGCGGAAACAGUGACUCUGGACCCUGAAGCCCCGCGGUCAAAGAAAAGUCAAAAUGAGGUGAUUGUCCGUGCCCUGGAUGGUUUUGUUUUUGUGAAGCAUAACAAGUUGGUCUAUCCCCGGUACCAAGAUUUGACUCCUGAAUGGUGGGAAGACGUACAGGCCUACGGGUACGUGACAGCGCUUGUGGGCCAGUUUAAGUUCUUUGUCUGGGCCGGGUUUAUGGGCGAAGACUACUCGGACAAACAUCUGGUUUUCAUGUGUAUAAAAGACAUUGUGGGGAUGGUGAAGGAAUCAAGCCCUCACUGGCGAUCUGGCUUUGAGGAGACUCUGUGGCUGGAGUCAAAGGCCGGAUACAGCUAUGCGCUGAUGGAGCCGGAUGCAAUCUAUGAUGAGGUCAGGUGGGCUGAAGUGAUUCAAAGCUGGACAAAUCUGCCGCCACCUCUAAGCCAGGAAGACCCAACGCUCCGCGAGGUGAACCAAGCCGGGCCACAGCCCGAGUGGUGGAAGGUCAGGGGCGGGAAGAGUACUUGGGAGUGGUUUACCAAACCAAUCCGGGACGCGAAGGCAGGCGCAAAACAGAAAACAAACCAAGAGCAGCAAACAUCCCGGAAGCGCAAGAAGGGAGGAAAGCGGGCCACACCUUCCCCGUCCAAGAAAAGGGCAAUCAGCCAGGAUGUCAAGUACAGCCCUGGAAAAGGUGACCGAACUGAUGAUGAUGAUGUAAUCUUUGAUCGCAGCAAGUUGCAACCGCGUAGAUCGUCGGUUCGGUUUGCGGAGAGCCUACCAAGGCUCAAUCCCACGGCCGCUAAUGAAGAUCCCCGGGAUGACAAGGCAGAGGGAGCCAAGGUGCAGGCGCAGGGAAGGGAGAAAGGGAAGGAGGUAAGGAAGGAUGACGAGGACAGUGACGAGGAGGAAGAAGAGCAAGAAGAGGGGGAUGAGAAAGAGGACGAGGACGAGGAGGAAGCAGAGGACACAGAGAACGAGGAAGACAAGGAAGACAAGGAAGACGAGGAAGAAAAGGAUGUGGGACGGGAGAGAGGGGAGAAGGAAGGCCAAGUUGUGGCCAUGGAAGUUGACGAGGCGGACGCCGAGAUGGAUGCUGAAGGAGAAGACAAAGGCAAGGACGUUGCCAUGUCAAGUCCGCCUGGCAAAGCUACUUCCUCCAAGAAAAUUCCUGACCCGGAAGCGGCUUCUCCUUCGCGUAAAGCAUUGCCUGCCCCCGCGCAAUUUGCGCGUACACCUACUCCAGGGCCUGAGCUUACUCCUCCUCCUGUGCCUCUCUCUAAUCCGGCGCCUUCCCCAGUCUCUGCGCCUCCAGAAACUUUGGGGUCUAUCCUCACUCCUGCUCCCGCACUUCCCCUUGCUCCCCCCCAACCCCUCCUCCAGCCCCGGCUCCUGCUCCUUCUCCUUCUCCUGCUCCUACUCCUGCUCCUGCUCCGGCUCCUGCUCCUGCUCCGCUCCUGCUCCUGCUCCGGCUCCGGCUCCGCUGCUGCUCCUUCUCCUGCUCCUUCUCCUGCUCCUGCUCCUGCUCCAACUCCUGCUCCUGCUCCUGCUCCUGCUCCUGCUCCUGCUCCUGCUCCUGCUCCUGCUCCUGCUCCUGCUCCUGCUCCUGCUCCUGCUCCUGCUCCUGCUCCUGCUCCUGCUCCUGCUCCUGCUCCUGCUCCUGCUCCUGCUCCUGCUCCUGCUCCUGCUCCUGCUCCUGCUCCUGCUCCUGCUCCCGCUCCCGCUCCGACUCCGGCUCCGGCUCCGGCUCCCACUCCCGCUCCUGCUCCUGGACCGGCGCCUGCGCCUGCGCCGCCAUCUCCCAUUCUUCCUGCAUCUCCCGCCGGUCCCGCGCCCCCUUCUCUUGAGCCUCCCUCGACCGCUGUGUCUUCAGCUUCUGUGCCCGCCGGCACACCACCCCCAACCCCUCCCCCUGCGUCUACGAACGCCUCUGUGCCUGCGACUGUCACUUCAGUUUCAGCACCUAUUCCCCCUGCCGGCUCCUCGCUUUAUGCACAGUCAGUCCCAGAUACAUGUGAGUUCAAUAUGGACAAUACGACGGGAAGGCAAUAA